AAUGCUAUUCAUUUUAUUGGAAAAUAGAAAGGUAGAAUCUUCUCAUAUCAUUGAUAAUGAUGUAUUGUCAAAUCAAUGGCAUAAGGCAUUUAUCUUAGAUUUACCAAAUGAAAAUUUCAAAAUCAUUAUCAAAAUUACUAGAGGACUACUACAAUCCGAGUACAUUGCCUUAAAUGAAAUGGAAUUCUUAGCUAAGGAGCAAUGCUUACACGGCAUACAGAAAAACAAGAAGGAAAAGAAAAAUUCAAAUAGACAAUUGUUGAAUGUGUCAUGUGGUAGAAUAUCAUCAGUUUCAAAAUAUAUUGUUGGUGGAAAAAGGGUAAAUAUUGAAGAAAUUCCAUGGCAGGGAAUUAUUUUAAGAAAUCUAACAUAUAUUUGUGGUGCAGUAUUAAUCAGUGAAAAGUAUGCUCUUACAGCUGCUCAUUGUCUUCAAGGGUCUACAGAGUUUUAUGCAGUGUUUGGAACAGGUGAUAAAAGACAGAUUGCAGAUAAAAUAAAGAUUAACAAAUUUUACAUUAAUCCUAAAUAUGAUGGACGUCAACACGACAUUGCAAUCUUUAGAUUGUCAUCAUAUGUAAAAUUUUCUGAAAGGAUUUUUCCAAUUUGUUUACCUGAGAGCGAUAAUGUGGAAUAUCUCAAUAUACCUUGUCAAACUUCCGGUUUUGAUGAAACAAAUUAUCUAUGGAGAGUUGAACAAAGAUUGAUGACUGAACAGUCCUGCAAUAAAAAAUAUCCUAUUGUUGUCAAAUCUGUAAGCUAUCCACAAAAUAUUUGUGCAGAAAGUGUGAAUUAUCCAGGAAAUUCUUGCCAUGGAGAUUCUGGAGGUCCUUUAUUCUGUUAUAUUGAUGAUUACUGGACAAUUGUUGGUAUUGUUAAUGGAGGAGAUUCUCUUUGUAAAAAAAAAUUGACAUACUCUGCUAGGGUUUCAACAUAUCAUCACUGGAUAAGAGAUGUAUUGGUAAAAGAUAAAAAUCUAUAG